AGUUAUGGUUGGGCCUCUACCAGUUUGAAAUUGAUCUAUCUAUUAAAUUAUACGCAUCAAAUCUCCCUCGACCCGGUAUAAUUGUUGUUUUAAAUAACGUUGAUUACGGUGAAAAAUUAAAAAAUGAAGUGUCAACUUCGAAUCACAGGUUUCACCAAAGAAAUAACAUAUUCGCUGAUCAUACUGUCAACUUACAUAGUCGGUGGAGCAAGCAGAGCUUACGUGACAUUUUUAUUUUAUCACUUGGAUUUCCCAGACUCGCGUUUCAAAUUAGAUGCUGACCAGAAAACAUGGAUUGCCAGCUCCUUAGGGAUUCUGAGUCCAGUUGGAAGUGUUUGUUCCGGCUUCAUAAUGGAUUUUUGUGGUAGAAAAAUAUAUUUGCUUAUAACGUUCAUACCUUUCAUCAUUUCAUGGGUAAUCAUCAGUUUUGCAGCUAGUUUUGAAAUGUUGUUCGUUGGAAUGCUCAUUCUAGGAUUUGGUAUAGGUGUAUCAUUCUGUGUGUCCACUUACAUAUCUGAAAUCAGCGUACCAAAAAACAGAGGUGCGUUAUUGGGUCUGAUCGUGGUAGCAUACAAACGUGGGUAUAACGAUCUGUAGUAUUCUACUUUACAACAUCAUAUGGCACGACGCAGCUAUUAUAUUCGCUGUACUGUCAGCAAUUUUCAUGCUCUUCACUUUACUAGUACCAGAAUCUCCAGUAUGCUUAUAUAGCACAGGAAAACGAGAAAAAUCAGUAAAAAUUCUCUGCUCAUUGAGAUGUUCAAAACUUGAAAAUAUCGCAGAUGAAAUAAAAGACAUGGAGAAAACCAGCGAAAAAGAGAGAAAAACUUCGUGCGGCGAAACACUGAAAAAUAUUACGAGAGCUUGGAAACCAUUACUCAUAACAGUAGUGAUGUAUGCCCUCGUGCAACACACGGGUUAUUCCAUAAUGAU